CCAAGAGUACAUUUAUGUUCUUAAACACUGACCAAUUGUUUUACCAGAAACAAUAAAAGGAAGAAAAGGGUUUGAGAAAGAAACACUAUAAAGAAAAAAAAAUUUUAUAGAAAAAGGGGGCGUGCGUCUUUUUUUGCUUUAUUUAUUCCGAAGUGAAAGAUGGCUCAAAGAGAUGUCUUUCAAAAUUUUAUGGCUUCGUCUGCUUAUAACAAUAAUUCAAGUCAACCACAGCAGCAACAGCCACAAAAUCUAAUGUAUAACCCAAACUUUGUUGCAAUGGACCCAACUUAUUUUUAUCAACAACAACUCCAACAGCAACAAGCUAUGACUAAUAAUCCAUUGCAACAGCAACCAAUACAACAGCCAAUUCAACAACAGCAACAACAGCAACAACAGUUGAAUUAUCUAAGAGCCAAUUUCCCUCAGCAGAUGGCGUUUGCACCCAUGGGAUAUAAUAACUAUCCUCAACAAGCAAGGUCUCCGCUGGCACAACAAAAGCAACAACAAGCUCCACAACAACCACAACAGCAAACAUCUCCAAUGAUAAUGAACGGCUUAUUAGCCAACUCCAAUCCUUCAAUCAUGUACCAACAGCCCGUGUUGAACCAAAUGCAAAUGAGACCAAACACACAACAGUACAUGGGUACUUUUCCACAACAACAAGCUUAUAUGCAACAGCAAGCUGCUUUUCCACAGCAGCAACUCUCACCUCAAGCCAUGCAAGCUUAUCAACAGCAAAUUCAGCGUCAGCAACAGUAUCAAAGACAGCGAUAUCUGCUGCAACAACAGCAACAACAACAAUAUCAACAGCAUCAGAAUUACCUUCAUCAGCAACGAUCUUUUACAGAAGUGAAUGUAAAACCUAAACGUCCCACUAGGAAUGCAACAAAGAAAAAACGAUUUUAUGAAGAAUCUUCGGAGGAAGAAGAAGAAGAGGAAUUUGAUAUUACCUCUGACGAAGAAGAUGCUGCUGUUGAAAGUGAUUAUAGCGAGCAAGGUCAGGGCAGAAAGAGUCAAUCAGCUAGUGCAUCUGUUGACCCUGAAGAGCCUAUAACGAUCCCGCUAGGUUCGAAGGCAUUUGAAAAAAUAUUGGAUUAUAGAAGAAAUGAAAUGACUGGUCAAGAAGAAUUGCUCAUUAAAUACAAGAAUACCAGUUUUCUUCAUGUCGAAUGGGUUCCUCUUGAGAAUAUCGAAAAUGAGCAUUUAGGAAAACACCGCGUUAAGAAAUUCUUGCAAAAAUAUCACGAUGAUGGUAACAGAGGCGAAGAUUUUCAAGAGCAUCUCAAGAUCGAUCGUGUUGUUGAUGACGGAGAACUAGAAGAUCCCGAAACAGGCGAUAGUAAAAUAUAUUACCUCGUCAAAUGGAGCGGCUUAUUCUAUGAUCAAGCUACAUGGGAAACAGAAGAUGAUGUUCGUAGAGUAGAUAGUGCCAAGCUUGAUGACUUUUUAUCAAGAAAGCAAAUUCCUCCUCAUAAGCUCGCACCAACACCACAACGUCCCGAUGUCACUCGAUUCAUCCAAUACGAUUCUUCACCUAUUUACAGAUACAACAACACAUUGCGUCCAUAUCAGUUAGAAGGUCUCAAUUGGCUUAGAUACUGUUACUAUACGUUUAGAUCUUGUAUUUUAGCAGAUGAAAUGGGUCUCGGCAAAACCGUACAAUCUGUUGCUCUCUUGAACGAUAUCUAUCAUCACGUAGGCAUUCGUGGACCCUUCUUGAUUAUCGCUCCUUUAUCUACAAUCCCUCAUUGGGUAAGAGCAUUUAACGCUUGGACAGACUUGAACGUGGUUGAUUUCCGUGGAAGCAAUUUCGCUCGUAACUUGAUCAUCGAGACCGAAUUCUAUUACCAAGACGCAGAGGCCAACAAUAUCCCAGGAAAAUACAAGUUUGAUGUUCUUAUUACGACAUAUGAAAUGGCUUCUGCCAGUGCCAUGACCUUGAAGGAUAUUCCUUGGCGAUGUGGUGUGUUUGAUGAAGCACAUCGCUUGAAAAACAAAAAUUCAAAGGUGCUCGAAGUUCUACGUACAUUCUACAUUGAUCACAAGCUUUUGUUGACCGGUACACCAUUACAGAACAACCUGGGUGAACUAUACAGCUUGCUUCACUUUAUGGCACCUCAUAUCUAUGACGAUGAAAAGUAUUUCUUUAGUGAAUAUGGCAAUUUGAACUCUGCUCAUCAAGUUGAAAAGCUUCAAGCGUUGCUAAAGCCCAUCAUGUUGCGUCGUUUCAAGGAAGAUGUUGAAAAGACUAUUCCUGUUAAAGAAGAAACUGUCAUUGAAGUUGAAUUGACUAAUCCUCAAAAGAAGUGGUACCGUGCCAUCUUGGAAAAGAACUUUAGUUUCUUGAAAAGAGGAACCAAGAAUAACAAGGAUAUGCCUCAUCUUCGCAAUAUCAUGAUGCAGCUUCGUAAAUGUUGUAUUCACCCUUAUUUAUUGGAGGGUGCUGAAGAAGUGAUUACUUCUGAAUGCAAUGCAAAGGGCCAACAAGAACAAUUCAACUGUUUGGUCCAGUCCUCUGGUAAACUUGUCUUGAUCGACAAGCUCUUGAGAAAGUUGAUUCUCGGAAACCAUAAAGUAUUGAUCUUUUCUCAGUUCACAAGCUGCUUAGACAUCUUGGCAGAUUACCUUCGUGGACGUAAUUACGCCUAUGAACGAAUUGAUGGCAGUAUUCCUGGUGAUCAGCGACAGGCAGCCAUUGAUCGUUUCUCAACUCUUCCGAUUGAAGAAUCGUUUGUUUUCUUGCUCUGCACAAGAGCCGGUGGUGUUGGUAUUAACUUGACAGCUGCAGAUACUUGUAUCAUCUUUGAUAGUGACUGGAAUCCUCAAAACGAUUUACAGGCUCAAGCUAGAUGUCAUCGUAUUGGUCAAACCAAGCCUGUUCAAAUUUACCGUUUGAUCUGUGCCAACACUUAUGAAAAAGACAUGUUUGAUCGUGCUGGCAUGAAGCUUGGUCUUGACAAGGCCGUCAUGGGCACGCACGACGAUGGUAAUGCCAAUAAGAAUGCUGAACUGAACCGUCAAGAAAUCGAAGAUCUUUUGAAGAAGGGUGCCUAUGGUGCAAUGUUGAACGACGAAGAAAGCGCCAAGUUUUGUGAAGAAGAUAUUGAUCAAAUUUUAGAGAGACGUACCAAGAUCAUUCGUCACGAAGGUAACGAGAAGGGCUCCGUGUUCUCCAAGGCUACCUUUUCUGCUGCUGAUGGCGAUAACCUGGGUGUCGACCUUGACGAUCCCGAUUUCUGGGAAAAGUGGGCUGCCAAGGCGCAGAUUGAUACAUCCGAUAAGCCUGACGAAAAUGCAUUGAUCAUCAAGCAGCCUAGACGAAGACGUCAAGUCCAACGAUUUGGUUCACGACCUGCAGAUGGAUCCUACUCGGAUGAAAACGACUCUGAUGCUGCUUAUGAGGACGAAUCUGACUCAAGACCCUCUCGUCGUGGUCGUGGUGAACAACCUCGUCACUGGUCGCUUUCGGAAAAGACAAAGUAUGAAAGAAAAUUGAUGAUCUACGGUUACGGAAGCUGGGACUUGAUGGUUACCCACUUCCCUCGUCGAUCCGAGAAGGAUCUUAAGGCGGUCACACGUGCUCUCAUGCGUAAGGCCUUACCUGCCAUUGGCAAGAGUACAGAAGAAGACCGCAAGUUGGUUGAAGAUAUCGAGGAAAUCUUAGUCAAGGAUUCACGUGAGGAAGCACGGAAGCAUGACACCAUUCCUUACGUAGGUGCAACCAAGAAACAGAUUGCGGAGUACAGAUCUUUCUUGUCUCCCCCAGAGUACGCUGAUCAUAUUGAACGCAAAGGUCGUAACUUCUUGCUCCGUAUUCAAAUGCUUCACAUCAUUCGUGAUAAAAUUGUACCCAAUGAUUGGCAGGAAGCAAAGAAACUGGAGAUUCCUCGUGUUACUGGUUCGCCACCUGCUCCAUGGUGGAAGGCUGAUGAAGACCGUGAUUUGCUGCUGGGUAUCUUGAAACAUGGCUAUCAACAGUACUUGGCUAUUCGAAAUGAUCCAGAGUUUUGCUUUUAUGGUAAAAAGUAUGAUGACAGUCAGACCGAUGUUGCGGAUGAUGAUGAGCCCAAGAAUGAAGAUAGUUUGCUAGAGACUGAAGAAAAGAAGCCUAUUACAUAUGCUCCAAAGGACGAAGACAGCGAGUAUGAAGAAAAGAACGAAGAAGAAGAAGCAGUUGCCGAGGAAGAAGAGGCUGGUAGCGAUAAGAACAAAGUGUACGUCUGGCCAUCCAAAGCUGAUAUUGGCAUGCGUCUUCGUCGUAUUAUUGCUGCUUUCUUGAGAGAGCGUGCAAGUAAUACGCGUAGACGAAGACCUAGAGGUGACGGUGAGAAACGCCAACGACAAAAGCCUGCACAACAAAGACAACGUGGUACAGGCGCAGGUCGUCGAGCAACAAAGAAGCGUAAGGUUGAGGAAGGUGAGGCUGAUGAAACAAUAACUGAGCAGAGCACAGAGGCUUCUGCAGAACAAAGUGUUGAACCAGUGCCUCAACAGGAGAAUCUAGUGGAGCAAAGUUGGAGUGGUCCUGUGGAAAGCAAGCAAGAGCCAAUAGAACAAGACUCAAAAGAAUCACUAUCUCAGCAUAGCAGUGCGCCAUCGUUAUCGAAUAUAAUGCAACCACAGAAUACUCCAGUACAAAUGACAGAGCGGGCCCCUGAACAGGCUCUCGAAAACAAGGACCAAAUUAUUCGCUUUGACCUCGUAGACCCACCUACCCCACUAGCUCAAGUCAAUAAUAACAAUUUGAAAGAUCAAUCAGCCGAGGAUACUCCUGUGAUCGACGCUGCCAAGCAGGAUAACGCAUAA